CUAACAUCAGCAUAACCUCCAAUAUCAUCCUGCACUAGUUCAUUAUUUUGUUUCCUUUUCUUUCCCCCUCUUCUCUUCUCUCUCUCAGAUCCAAAGGUUGAGGGCUUUUUAACUUACCUACCCCUGUCAAACCCCCCAUGACAAUAUUCAGGGGAUGGAAACCGCCUCACUUACACGACAGACAGGGCCAUGACUCGGCUGAGCGGACCAUACAGUACUAUCAGAUUCGCUUAUUAUCAGCUAACUUAGUCUACAGCGGUAGACACGUUCCUAUCGGCACUGAUCCGUGUAUUCCGGGCAUAGUCUCUGCCCUAUUCAGUAGCUGAUCAACAGAGGGGAAAUGACCCCAGUUGUGUCCAAGAAGGCUGACGAUGUAUUGACCACCUGUUCGUUGGCAAACAUGAUGCAGCGGAUAGAUACAUGCAUUUACGAUGCUCUGCAGUACCCAAAUGCUGAUCAACACGACCAGAAAUCGACGGCUCAUCAGCUCUAGAAUCACAAGACUCGUUUAAACUGAACCCCCCGCUUAAUUGUCGACCGUACAGGUAGUAUUGGGGCACUAUAUACGAGUCAAAGCGCAAUUCCCACCUCUGCUCUCCUCACUUUCAGUUCAGUUCAGUUCAGUUCAGUUCAGUCCUGGUCCUGGUCCUGGUCCAGAUUGCCGAGAAGCACGCAUUGCAUUACCUGACCAGACCUGUAAAGGUUAUCCAAGCAAGCCCCUCCGUAGACUAGGUAGACUAUUCGAUCAUAAAAAGACUCCUUCUUCCUCUUAGCUCAGCUCAGCUCACUCUCUCUAUAAAUCAUCAAUCUUCAACAUAUCAGCUCCACACGUGGUUCUGUGGCUCGCUAUAACCCCCACGCGUUAUCAUCAACCGCUUGUAUCGCGUGUUGAUCACUACGAUAUACAAAUACUACCCGGUAUAACCAUAACCAUAAGGGUAUUCACCUUUAUGGUUACUCAUCGAUCCAUCACUCUAUCAUGAAACACAACAACAACGUCAGACUUCUCGCUGUCCUUGCAGACCCUGAAUCAGACGAGAAGAGCGAGUAUCGCUUCCUCGUCGACGGCGCCCACGUAAGAUACGUCACAUUAGACGGGGGUCUCAUAGACCCUGAACAUCGCACAUACGAGCCAAAACUCCUCCCUCAACUCCCUGUAUUUCCCCCCGGAGACUGGAACGAGGGCCGUGUCGGAAAGGACGGACAUACAGGGAAGCCUUUCUUCUGCGAGACGAGAAGAAGCAGUCUACCUGGGAUUGGAAAUGUCUGGCAUGAUGUUAUGAUAGACCAUCUCAAGCUCCGCCAGAUCGAGCGUGUGCGCCAAACGCUCUAUCGUGUAUCGCAUCCUGCUUUCAAGAUACCGGUACUCGCAAAAUUUGCGCAGUUUCCAUGGGAGAUUCCUUACUUUGCUGCUGAGACGACUUCGUACGAAUGGAUCCACGGUCGAGGCAUCGGUCCUGAGUUUCUCGGCCAUAUUCACGAGAACGGGCGAGUCAUUGGUUUCCUCCUCGAAGAGAUUCACAAUGCUCGGACUGCAGAACCUGAAGACCUCGUCACAUGCCAGCGAAGUCUGCAAAAGCUGCAUGAUCUAGGCAUCGUACAUGGCGAUAUCAACAAGCACAACUUCCUCAUCAGACAAGAUGGUGAUGCUGUUCUCAUUGACUUUGAGACAGCUUACAAGUGCACAGAUCCAGAUAUACUAGAUGAAGAGUAUCGCCAUGUCAAAGAGAGUCUGGAAGAUACAUCAGGGCGUGGAGGAGCUGGCAUGGCGAGCGAUUCAAGUUCAGAUUAAGUGGGAUAGGAGUGUACGGAUUACAGUGCAGUAUGUGAUCACAUGUGUAACAGGGUUUUCAUCACGAAUAGCAGGCGUUGUCUUUUUUUUUUCUGAUACCAGGGUAUAGAGCAAAUGUCAAUUUCUCUGAUUGACUAAUAAACAAGAAUCUUUUUGUGGAAAAAACAAUGUGCCCGAUUUCCAAGGGUCUAUCAAGCCCGAGAAACACCAAAAGCGCCAUGAAGAAGAAGAAGGAAUAGUACAGUGGACAUCUCCGAGCUUUAGUUCAGGAGGAUCUGCUGCACAUACUGAGGUCCGAACAAAGGCUCACCGAACGCAGAGCCAGGAAGCGUAGCGACAGGCUUCUCAGCAAGCUUGCCAUCAGUACCUCGCUGGAGAGCAACGAGACCGCUGGUACCAUUCUGGUUACCAACAAAGACGUGCUUAGCAGUUCGGCUGAAACUCAUCAUACGGGGUAGGAGACCACCAGAUGAGACGGUAUCAGCAUAAGUGAGAGUUCCGCACUCGGCGAUAGUGAAGCGAGCGAUAGAGUCGGUCUCGUUUCCGGACAGACGGUUGGAGAUAUAAACGUCCUUGUUAUUAGGAGCGAGAAGGACCUCACCAACAGCUGCGGUCUUGGGGUCCUUAGCAGGAGCGUCCUUGCCGUAGGUAGAGAUAGACUGGUGAUACUUGAAAGCAAGGGUGUUCUCCUCGUAGGAUACAGAGUAGACGAGGGCCUGGUUGCUCAGCUCACAAGCAACGACGUAGUGAGUAGCCUUCUUUCCACCACGAGGGUAGAAGACACCAUGUCGAGGACCGCAGCCAGCCUCGACGGGGAUGUUCUUUGCGAUCUUGUAAGCGUCGUCCUUGGAGUCGAUGAUCACAACAGAGUCAGUACCGAGAUCGUUAACGGCAAAGUAGCGACCAGAGGGAUCAAGGUUGGCCUGAUGAGGAUGAGAGGCAGCCUGGCGCUCCUUGUCAGGACCAAGCUUUCCAGGAGACUUGAGAGUCUUGACGAACUCGAGACCACCCUUCUCAGUGUUCCAAAUAUCAAUGGUACCAUUUCCAUAAGCAGCGCCAACAAGGCGUGUCUUAUCAGAGUUGAACUCAAGAUGAACAACGCCGACACUUCCGGCCUUCUUAGUCUUGAGGGUAAGCUUAUUAGCCUCGAGAUCAAGGUUGAAGAGUCUCAGCUCAUCAGAGUUCUCGUCAACAGCGUAGAGCAAGUCGGAGCCAUAGUAGGCCAUCCAUGAGUUACCGCCCUCGAUCUCCUGGUUCAGAGUGAGCUCGAACUUGCCCGUCUUUGGGCUGAAGUCGGCGACGUAGAUGUGGCCAGAGUUUCCGAGGAGGAUGCGCGCAGCAGCGGAUGAAGAUGCUGAGGCGGUUGGGUGUGAGCUGCGUGCGAUGUUAGGAAGCGCAGAGGAAGAUGUAGCGAGAGUGGCCAAGAGGCCAGCGAUAGUGUACUUCAUCUUUGUUGUGUGAAGCGUGUCUUGUUUUGUGUUGUGUUGUGUUGUUUCGUUUCAACGUCGUAGUGUAGUAUAGCACUGUAGUAUACUGUUAUAGCGAUCGACAAUCAAUAUCGAAUAGGGUAUCAAAAGCUGAAA